UCACCUCCUCACCUCCUCACCUCCUCCUCCUCUACUAAUUGCUUCAUCUGGACCUGCUGGUGCUCAUAUGUGUUUGUAACCUGGAGGAGGAUUAGUUCACUGCACAGGAGACCAUGGACCUCGGGUGGAAUAUUCUGGUUUUAUCUUUUGCCUUACUUGCUUCAGCUCAAGUACCCAAGAAAUGUUCUGCACCACCGGAGUACCCGCUCACCAAACUAGCCAAGAGACCCUCCUCCAUGCAGAGGUUCAGUAGCGGGCAGAAGGUUUACUAUGUCUGCGGAGAGGACUUCACUCCAUCCAGAGGGAGCAGAGCUGUGCAGUGUGUUGAUGGGAAAUGGACCAAACUGACUCUCAAAUGCGAAAAGAAAUCCUGUGGUAACGCCGGGGAUCUACCCAAUGGGGAGUUCCAGUAUGAAGGGAAUUCAUUCCUCGGGGAGAAAGUUUAUGCUGUAUGCAAUGAUGGAUACACUCUGAAAGGACUCAACUACAUGAUAUGCAAGAAGUCUGGCUGGACCGGUGAAUUCCCGUCUUGUGAAGAGGGAGAGGCCACCUGCUCCACCCCGACAGUGGCCAACUCUGUGAGCAGUGCUGGAGAUGUUUCUGUAUACCGGGUCGGAGACUACGUGACCUUCGCUUGCAGUCGGGGUUUCCAGCUGGAUGGAGCUCAGCAGAUCACUUGUGUUCCGGGCGGCUUGUGGCAGCCUCAACCUCCUCGGUGCCUGCCUCCACCUGUUACAACUCCGUCACCCGAUAGAGGAACAGGGGGAUGCGGUGUACCAGUAAACAUCCACAACUCCAACGCCAACCCCACCGACAAGUACAUCGCAAUGACAUCUUUCGCAUCUGGCGACAGAGUCCCUUACGUGUGUGAUGUCGGAUACAUUCAAGCAGGCGGCAGCAGAUAUCGCAUGUGUAUGAAGGGAAAGUGGACGCCACUGCUGCUAAGAUGUGAACGAAAGCCAUGUGGAUCUGCAGGAGAGAUUACAAAUGGACAGUUUACAUAUACUGGAGUGGAGUUUGGAGACACUGCAACAGCUGUCUGUGAUGAGGGACAUCGUCUUGUUGGAAAGGCAACUAGAAACUGCUUGAGUAAAGGCUGGGACGGACGUGUUCCUCACUGUGAAGCUGUGGGGUGUGCGGAGCCUCCAGGAAGGACGAAUGCACUGAUGAAAGGCCUUCAGGAGCCACCUUACACAUACAGGACUGUGGUUCAGUAUCAUUGUCGCGUGGGAACCCUUGUUGGACAAAGGCUGAUUUGGUGCACCAAGGAUGGGACAUGGAGUGGUCCUCCUCCUAAAUGCAAAGAAAUAACAUGUCCAUCUCCAAAUGUGCGCAACGCCUACUGGAUGGGGUCUCAGACCGAGCUGUAUCAAUACAGGCACACCAUAUCAAUCGAGUGUAACCCGGGCUACAAGAAGUCCGGCCCGAGUACGGUUACCUGUGGUGAUGACGGCAAAUGGUCCCCUGGCCUCCCUGACUGUACAUCACGUCGCACCAACUGGAGGGGCUGGUGAAUGGUUCAGCGGCCAGUGGAGGAGGAUGGAAAAUAACGCUCUCAAGCUUAAAAAUGUCUUCCUUCUAAAAAAAAAAAAAUUCUUCUAAAAUGCA